CAAAUGCCCAGAUCAAGAUUAGCUGAGGACUCACCUCACGCAAUCAUCGCUGCCUUCCUUGAGAAGUUUCAUUAUACAGAUACCCUCGACGCCUUCCGCCACGAAACAGGACUUGGCUUCAAUGAUGGUCCGAAAGCAUUGGAUCUGGAGGAGUUGUUGGGGGAUCGACGGAUGAGGGAGAUGCAGGCUACGAUGCACGCGACGCAUGUCCAGGACGCCUUGUCUACCCUUCCUAGCUGGUCGGCUCCUAGUGGGGAGCCGGUGAAGUUCAGAGAGACGGCAUGUGUGCACGGUGCUGUACUGAAUGCGAUGGUUGUCGAAGGGAUGGUAUGGUUGUCGUAUAGUGAUGGUGCUGUCGAGGUCAGGACCACACAAUCGCUGGACUCUAAGAACCCAGACCAUUUGAAAGUGGGACGGUUUCAUCCGCAUGGACGGAGUCCGGUGUUGAGUAUGGUUGUUGAUGGUCAGUUCUUGAUCACUGGUGGUAUGGAUGGAAGGAUUUUGGUUACGGACGUCCCUCGCAAUGGUGGGCCGCAUGUGGAGCAUGUGCAGACUGUUGCGAAGCAUGGGAGGUAUGUCGUUCGGCUGGCGAUGUCUAGUGACAAGGGGUUCCUUGUUUCUGCGAGUUACGACAAUACUGUCAAGAUCUUUUGUCGUGACCGGGCGUCACCAGCGUGCCCCGUACCGGCGUGGAAGGAGGAGCGAACGAUCACAUUCGCGACACAGCCGGAGGCAUUGCACAUCACCGAAGACAACGAGGUCAUUAUGGCUGCACGAUCAUCGAACCUCCUGCAAUGUAUCAAGCUGUAUACAGGUGAGGAGAGGACGAUUAACCUGAACGCUGUUGGUGAUGACCACGUCUCGUUCUCCCCACUGGACAUCGCACCGCACCCCCAAAACCCGAAUGUCCUCGCAAUUGCGACCCUUCACCCCACAACCCCUUUUCACCGGGUCGUCUUCCUCGACCUCUCUCAAUCUCGGGUGAUUGGUGACCUAUGGACGGAUGCGCCGCAAAACGAGUACUCCACUCCACGGGUGGUAUGGCGAGGUAGUGGUGAUGGAAUCUGGGUUAAUGGGGAUGAUGGCGUCUUACGUGGGUACGAUGUCAGUACAAAGAGGAAGAUUGGGGUGUUAGCGGGACAUGAGGGGAAUGUUAAGGCGGUUUGGGCUGGGACGGUGGAGGGGAGGGAGGUGGUUGUUACUGGAGGGUUCGAUAAGACGGUCAGGUUGUGGUGGUAG